AAUUACAUUCCGGAUGUCUUGUGAGAGGAGAUGACCCUCCGGAUGUCACAUCUGUCCUGCAGAUGCGGUGUAUGUCCACUUUGAGCUGGCUUACUGUAUUUUAAGAAAAGAGGAGGCUACUCAGCAGAGAGGUUCUCAUUUCAAAUUUUCAAGUUGUAUAAAAGGCUGAAAGCCAUUAGGAACUUUUAUAAAGAAUGCAAUUAUCUUCCACGUGGUGCUCAUUAAUGACCUGAUCAUCACCUGUAAGUCAGCAGUGAUUUGUCAUUCAAAAGGUGAUUGAUUUGUUAGAAGAGACGUGAUGUGAGAGCACCACAUUCUUCUUGCAGUAAAGAAAUCAAACAAACCAGCUGAAUUCCGCUCACUUCACUGAGACAAUCAACAUUAAUUGACAAAGACAAGUUUAAGUGUUGGGAGCUGCUCGCUCGAGAGUCUCAGUUUGCAAACUUUUCUCCACGGGUUUGCUAAACUUGGCCGGUCCCUCUUGUUUGAGACCAAUUAAUGAGGCGGCUAAGCUCAUUAAUUGGCCACUUAAUUGGCCCCUGUAGCCGCGCGCGCUUACAUCCGCUGGCUUUUAGCGCACCGCCGUCCAUCCCUCCCGGCCUCCCUCCCUCCUGCUGCCAGACAGCACAAUCCCACCUUGUCACAACGAUUUAGGGUCAGUCCCUCAGACGGGAAGGUGCUCUCGCCGUGGACCCCCCCGCCACUUCUGGAUCCCCCUCUAUCAGUAUCUCCCUCCCACUCUAUCUGGGUGUUUUAUGUCUGCGUCACAACAAGUCGGUCGAGAGCGAGAGGCAGGGAUGAUGGCGUCUCUGGCGGCUUGAUUCCGGUGCUGCUCUGACAAACCCGCCUUAAUAGCAUCAAUAGGUGGUGGCGGAGACGCGGCGGGGGGGGAGGGAUAGGAGAGCAAAGCGACGGGGACAUGACGAAACGGCACAGCGGAGGACGGACAAACUAGGCAGAGAGACGGACGGACAGUCAGUCGCCUUCGCCCUCCUCGCUGACGGCUUGACUGACACACACACAGGCGCUCGGCUCAGACAGGGACAUACAUGCACAUCAUCCACUUUUUGCAAACACGCAGGCUGCGCAUCCGAGCGGGCAGUAAUUGGGCAGCGGAGAUCCACAGCAGAUGAGGGCAUUUCAUGCCCAGCUUGCCCAGGAUUCACUGUGACCCCGACGGAAAGGAGUUCGACUUGACAGGAUGGGGGGAGUAAGUGAAGGAGAUGAUGUGUUGGCUCGAUGGAGUGAUGGACUACUGUACCUUGGCAAUGUGAAAAGAGUAGAUGGAGUCAAGCAAUGUUGUCUGGUGAGAUUUGAGGACAACUCAGAGUUCUGGGUACUCAGAAAGGACAUCCACUCGUUCGCUGCCGGAGUGGAAGAAGUUUGCUGUAUUUGUGACGCUCCACCUCUUAAAGAACCCCUCAUAAAUUGUCUUAAAUGCCGCCACGGUUAUCAUCCAGAGUGCCACACUCCGACCAUCGAACCGGAAGCUGACAGCGAUUCCUGGAUAUGUCGGCAAUGUGUCUUUGCAGUCUCAACCAAGAGAGGCGGGGCACUCAAACGAGGACGCUUCGCCCGGCUCAUGCAAUUUAUGAAACUCCGGCUCCCCUACCAGCUGUCGUCUUUAGACUGGGACCCGCAGCAUCUGACCAACCAGCAACAGUGUUAUUGCUACUGUGCCGGACCUGGAGAGUGGAACCUGAAGAUGCUGCAGUGUGGAAGCUGUGGUCAGUGGUUCCACGAGGCCUGCACACAGUGUCUAACCAAGCCGUUACUGUAUGGAGACAGGUUUUAUGAGUUCCAGUGUUCAGUAUGCACAAAAGGACCAGAGACCAUCCAAAGACUGCCUAUGACCUGGGUGGAUCUGGCUCAUUUAGUGCUGUACCAUCUCUCGCUGUGCUGCAAGAGGAAGUACUUUGAUUUUGACCAUGAAAUCCUGUCCUUCACCAAUGAGAAUUGGGAGUCAUUGCUCCUAGGCGAGCUCUCUGACACGCCAAGGCAAGACCGCUGUCACAAUCUCCUCAACGCUCUGAACUCCCACAAGGACAGGUUUGUCUCUGGGAAGGAGAUCAAAAAGAAGAAGUGUCUUUUUGGGCUUCAGGUCCGAGCCCCACCUCCGCUGACGUCUGAUUCGUCGCCCCUCAUCACCGACCCACCUACCAACAUCACACACCGGAGAAGGUCAGACCCGUUGUCACUUCCCUGCCAGAGGAGAGCAGGGGGAGCAGAGUCGCGUAAAUCAAAGCGUCGCAUCAUGGAGACACAGGCUUGCCCGCCCCCGGUUGCUGCCAACCCCAUUGAGCUGCUGCCAUGUUGCCAUGGCUACAUGGGAGGGGCCAGUCUUUACAACUCCAGGAAGUCAGAGGAGGAGCUUAGUUUGAGCUCUCCUCCCAAGCGGAUGUAUGCCCUGUACCACACCACGUACAACGGAAAUACUGCGCUCUCCAGGAGUCUCCAUCACUACAGCAGCAUGGAGGAAACGUGCAGGUUACCACCACCUUUCUUCCCAUACCCCCUCAACUCCAAUGGAAGCCAUCACCACCACCACAUCCACCAGCACCAUCACAGCCACCAACAUAACCACCAACACAACCACCAGCACCAGCCGGGGCAGAAGCAGCUGGAGCCCCUCAUCCUUCGUGAUCUGCUCCCUUAUCAGGCCGGCAUGGGCGGAGGGGGUGGCUCAGGAGGAGGGGGAGGAGGAGGAGGUGGGGGCGGCGGUGGAGGAGGAGGAGGAGGAGGAGGUGGCGGUGGAGGAGGAGGCGGGGGGGUGGUAGUCGGAGGGGGCGACGGGACAGUGGCCAGGAGCUGGGGAGGAGGGGAGGCAGUGAGGAUCUUGGCGAGACGCGUCACGCCGGACGGGAAGGUGCAGUACCUGGUGGAGUGGGAAAACGUGAGUUUGUACUGACGGAAAAGAGAGUAAACACGUGACACGAUGACUGUUUUUCAGUUGCCACAGGAAUACCGUUUGUGUGAUAUGUGGCAGUGUUUAAAGAACAAACAAAACAGAAAGGAAAACAAAAAAACAUCCCCACACGUUGCAAAUCCAGGUUGCUCUCAUAGUAUCACCUCUACAUCAUUAUAGCUCACUACUCGUUACUACUGUAAAUGUCCCUCUUUGCUAGUGUUUCUCUGAUAUUUGUACUGUUAACUUUGGAAUAUGCCUUUGCAUUGAUCAUGUUUUGCAGUGACGAGGGAAGAUAUGCAAACCUCCAGGUGAUUUGUGAAUCUUUAGACCACACUGAGAAGAAUAUGUCUUUAAAUGUGCUCAUAUCUGGGUAUGCAGUUAUGUCGAUAGGCAACAGUAAAUUGUGUCUGCAUUUUCACUCCUUGAGAAAAAACAAGUGAAAAAAUAAGUGAAUAAAUAUUUAAAGCAUUAUUUAACCUAAAUAUUAUUUGGCUGUAUGAUUUUAUGAGACAUUGAAGUUCCACUGCUUUUCUUCUAGACAACAUGCUGUUAAUUUAAAAGAAUAGUCUGAUUUGCUUUCUUACUGAGAGGUAGAUUAGAAGAUUGAUAACUCACUCAUGUCUGUAUAGUAAAUGUGAAGAUGGAGCCAAGAGCUUAAAGACGGGAAGCAGGGGGGAACACCUGGCUCCGCCCAAAGAUAAAAAUAAAUUUGCCUUCCAGCAUCUCCAAAGCUCACCGACUGAUGACAGAAACUGUUCACUAAAUUCACCCCGAUCAUAGCGAAGACCUCCUUUUAAAGAUAAUAAAAUAACAUAUUUUGAAAAAGUGACCUUCAGUGUCACUUGAUAUGGAUAUCCAAGGGGCUAAACAGCCAGUAGCCAACAGCACACUUCCGUCAGCCUUCACUUUUAUAAUUACUCAUUCAUCAACUGAUGGUUAAUGUUCACACAGAGUUCAGUGAGAAAAUUAGCCCAGAAAUGAACAGUGAUGAAUGGUCCAUCAUCAGCAAGAGGCAUGAAGACAGCUGGGUGGUGGCUACUGGCUGCUCUUGAAAGAGCAGUAACCUUUUAUUGGCAAGGAAGAGACGGAGCAGCACAGCUAGUUUUAUGUGGUUUUGUUGGCAGCCCUGACGUUGGUUUAAUGCCUUGCUUAAAGGCAUUUUGACAGUAGUGGUUGAAAGAUGGCACCUCGAGUCUCCCAGGUCCCUUUUAUCUGCUCAGAUGGCAGCUUGUCUGACUUUGGCUUCCUAAACAACAAAUUCUCUGGAGGUUUCUGUGUUUUUUUCUCACUGCAGUAUGUUAAUAAGAGAUUGUACACAUGUUACUAUGGAGUUACUUAUUGUCAUGUUAGAUUUCCUCAUAAUUUACAUCUAGACUACUGUAUGUAUUAGAAAUAGGAGCCACAAGAGGGCUUUUGUUUUAUAGAUAGAAUUAUAUAUUCACAAUAUAUUGCUAUGAACAAAUAACUUUAUUUUAUUUUUUUGACGUGGUUGCAUAGUGCCUAUAUGGGUUGUGUACCUGCCUAUUGGUCUGCUGACCUGACUUGACCAAUCAGACGACAAGAUAGACGCGCGAGGCUAAAUUGCUAGUAAAUAAAAGGAUGGCUCUUUAUCAAACUCACAGAUUCCAAUGCAUGGAUAAACCAGGACCCGGUGUAAUGCGGGGUAGAGGUUUUUUUGUUUUGUUUUGUUUUUUUUCCCAAACAGAACCAACUGUGAUGUUACUGUACAUUCCAAACAAACGACAAAGAAGAAAAAUAUAUAUGUUGCCGAGUUGUCUGUUUGAGGUCACCGGAAUGGAAAUUAUUUUGAAAGAACCUGUUUCUUUUUUUGUUUAUGAUGAGUGUUAAAUGUGAUAAAGACCAGCUGACGGUCCAGCUACCCCACUGCUCUUAUUCAGUUCCACGUCGUAGGGGGUUCAGUCCUUGAGUAACAGUCCGGCUAAAGAAGACACUGAAAGGCCAGACUCCUAACUCGAACCCCUAACGUCUGCCAGGGUCGAAAAGGUACAACACGGCAUUAAGAAUUCACAAGUCAAGACCCGGCUGAUGGUGUCCCUUCUCCUCGGAUGUGUUGGUAGACUCAAGUGAGGUGCCGCAGUUGGAUUUUGUCUUUGUGCAAACAGGUUACACAAACUAGCAUACUGUGGUGCAAGUUUCAGAGUUUAUAUUUUAUACAGAGGUUUAUUUCAGCAAUCCGUCGCGAUAAAACUUACACAACGUAUUACAUUUAUCAGUUUUGUCUUCGAGGAAAGACUGCAUUACAAGUUUAGUUGAAAAACGCAAAAGACAAAUACUGCAUUUGUACUGUUAUAAUCAAACCAAUGCAAAACUCUCAGAUUUUCUUUAAGUAGGAACCUCUCUGUUGAAUUAUCUCCUGCACCUUUGCGUACAUUUCAGGCCGGUGAAAUGAUGUUGCAUUGCAAUUAUCAUCCUCCUCAGUGACUAUUUGACUGUAGUUGAUUAGGAAGGGGUGUGUUGAACCUUUUUAGGCGAUGGUGAUGAAUGUAUUUGUGUGUUUUCUAUGGUAUGUCUAUACCCGUCAAGUGCUUGUUAUAGGUUGUACUCUAGUUGGAACUCACCACAGAUUAGUUUAAAACAAAAUAGGAGGAAAUAAUGACAUCACCAUUGAGGAACAUUGUUUAUUUUGGGAGAGGUAGUCUUCUUUUUCUGAUUAGUAGUCAAGUCCAAGUUCAGUUUGAUGUAUUUUUGGAGAAAUUUUGUUUGUACAUGUAUACUCUGCGUUGACACUUAAUAUGUAACAUGACUAAUAAAAAAGUUCACCUCUUAAAA